AUGGUCGCCGUUGGCCAGAUACUGAAUGAAGUCUCUCACAUCGUGAUUCGCGCAGCCGCCGCCGAAGAUCCAUCGUCGACAGCCUCUCAAUCCGCUGCUGAGACGACAACCGAUAACAGCAAUGACAAGAAAGACAACGGCGGCGGGUCGAACUCGCCACUGCUUUUCUUUGUCGCUUUAGGUUUUGGUGUCGUCUUUACAAACUUAUGGAUUAUCGUUGGUGUUAAAUACUGCUUCCGAUACAAUGCUCGAAAUCGUCAAAUGCGAAUGAACGAGGACGGCGAGCCCAUGCCUCUCGAAAACAUGCCUCGACCUCAUCGCAGACGUCGUGAGAAGAAGCUGAUGACCAUGGACGAGGUCAACGACAAGUUCCCAAUGAUGAAGUACAAGGCCUGGGCUUCCGAUCGUGCAAAGGAGGGCCUUCCUACCAACGGCGGCGUUUCUGCACCACCCACUCGGCCUAACAGUAUUCGGGAGGCGGAUGGAAUCGUACCAGACUUUUCUGCAAAGGUUCGCGACUCGACUGAUGGACCACUGGCCGACAACGUACCCAAACCGAAUGCACAGCCAGAGACGACAAGUACCGGCAACACCACCGAGACAAAAGCGCCCGAGAUUUCCAUCGCGGCCGCAGCUGCCGAGGCCGAAAAGUCUAAGGAGGCACCCAAGACGACAACCGAUGGUCAAACUUCAAACGACCAGUCCGCAAACAACCCUCGACUUCAUCGAGUCUCUAGCGAGGAAACUGAUGACGACGAUGAUCACAUUGACGGCGCCCUACCUCCUGAAUGUCUCGAAAACCCCGGUGAUACAUGUGCUAUCUGCAUUGAUACACUUGAGGAUGAUGACGAUGUUCGCGGAUUGACUUGUGGACAUGCUUUCCACGCUGUCUGUGUCGAUCCCUGGCUGACCAGCCGACGAGCUUGCUGUCCACUCUGCAAGGCCGAUUAUUAUGUUCCCAAGCCUCGCCCAGCUCCUGAUGCCACCAACGAAGCCGGCGCGAACAACGGUUCCAGUUUUGAUCCUCGAAACAACCCAGUCUUUGGCAUGCCCGCUGCUCUCCGCUCUGCAUGGAUUAGAGGCUCUCGCAACGACAGGAAUGAAACACCGGCUCCCGCUAGUCGCCGACGCAGGACAGGCGAUGUUCCGGCUGGGCAGGAACCUGCUCAACAGACUGAACAGACUCAGCAAACAGCAGAAGUCACUCAAACAUCAAACGGUGGUGUUCUCUCCUCCAUGCGAGGCGCUCUACGAUUUGGUCGAAGGCGACAACCACAAGAGAGCCCCGAUGCGGUAACACCAUCACAACUUGAAGCGGCAAACCGUACACCAGCCGCCACAUAACAUGUGUAUCACAUUUUUCAUUCUUACAUAACGACACGAAUCUUUUUAGCGAUGGUUUUCUCUCAUUCCUUCCCGGCAACUGCAUUGCUGGACACAACCGUCUUGAAUCUUGACAUUAUAAAGGAAUUGAUUUUUGACGACACGGCAUUUGAUUUACACCGCAUGAUAUACACGUGGAGCGACAGUAGGUGUAUAACUGGGAGCGACUGAGGACGUAUAACGCUCGAUGAGCUAUAUAUACCCCUGAUGACGAUGGUGUUUGAGGUCGCGAUCGUGGGUCAUAUGAUAUGCCUAGCGAAGGCAAGGGCAGUGCACGCUGCUCAGAGUGAGGAUUUACUGGUACUCUUGGGGAUUGUCUAUUAUAAGACAAGUAUUGUAUUUGCAUUGGGCUAGAAAACAUGCCUUUCAGCUGGGAACGGAGCGGCGGAGUUUGCAUGGUUUUGGGACUUCCAUAGCUA